ACAAAGGGCGAGCCGCGAGGGGGCCACCUCGGUAAAUCCUCCCCAAUGCGGCUACCGGCUGGGCUGCUAAACAACUCUCCAUUCAUUUUCCCUGCUAAAGUAGCCGCCUUUCCCAUUCUUCCUCUUCGUCUUCGUCUUCCUCUUCGUCACUUCACUCUCUCAACAGAUUCUGCUCAAGAUCUUGAUACCAUUUUAUCCAAUAAUUGCAUCUCUCUAGUCUCUCCCAUAUGGCUUCCUCUCUCUCUCGUCCACCUCCUGUACUCUCAUUCCCUCGCGUUAAGCCCAUCCCUUCGAAACUCUCGCCUAAUCCCCCAAUUGGUCCUUCUCUCAAAGUUCCCCGCUUCACGUCGAAGCCCCCAUCAUCAUCUCUUGCGUUCCAAUCCAUUCCACCGCUCGUUUCCGCUGCAGCUCGAGCUUCUUCAACUGGGUCUGUCGUCUCGAUCGAAGAAAUUGACGCUUUGCCGUCUUUUCAGCAACGGCCGGUCAAAUUCGCCUCGUGGGUUUUCUUCUGGGCGUCGUUGUCUCUUGCGUGGUUCGCUGCUUCUGGGGAUGCCAAUGCCGCCGCCGACUCCAUUAGAGCCUCGAGCUUCGGCCUCAAGAUUGCCCGAAAGUUACGGAGCUCCGGCUGGCCUGACGAGGCAGUUGUGCUGGCCCUUGCCACACUUCCCAUAAUUGAACUUCGUGGGGCUAUUCCUGUCGGUUACUGGUUGCAGCUCAAGCCUGCUCUCUUGACCCUCUUGUCUGUUUUGGGGAACAUGAUUCCUGUGCCCUUUAUAAUACUCUAUUUGAAGAAAUUUGCAACCUUCCUUGCUGGGAGUAGCCAGCCUGCCUCUCGUUGGGUUGAUUUGUUACUCAAGAAGGCCAAAGAAAAAGCCGGUCCAGUGGAAGAGUUUCAAUGGCUUGGUCUUAUGCUGUUUGUUGCUGUGCCAUUCCCUGGAACGGGGGCAUGGACAGGAGCCAUCAUUGCUUCUAUUCUUGAUAUGCCUUUCUGGUCUGCUUUCACGGCAAAUUUCUGUGGCGUAGUGUUGGCUGGGCUUCUGGUAAACUUGCUGGUGAACCUGGGGCUAAAGUAUGCCAUUGUAACUGGUAUAAUUCUGUUCACUAUUUCCACUUUCAUGUGGAGCAUCCUUCGAAAUGUUAAAAAUUCUCUUAGCUCAUCAAACUGAUAUGGUAUUCAGAAUAACUCAUUCAUAAAUAUUUUGGCCGCAUUGAACCAAUGAUGUGCUAAAUUCAUAAUCCUUUGUUGAGCAACAGGUACUGUUUUAAGGUC